AGAAAGAAAGAGAGAGAGAGAGAGAGAGAGAGAGAGAGAGAGAGAGAAAGAGAGAGAGAGAGACUACAGGCAGAAUUCAAGGGGGUGGAGGGAGAACUCGCUAGUAUAAUCUGUCGGCGGAGCCACCCAGACUCCCCGCUUCCCUUGUCGUAACUGUGCUGUUACCCAGAGCCAAGCGCGGAUGAUCUUGAUUUGCACUGAUGCACUUGAAAAAGGGACGCUGAAGAACUGCCGCAGAGCUCGGCGUGGCAAAGCCCUGUUUUCUUUAAACAAAUGAGUCACAGCUCUCCUCUCAUUUUCUCCAUCACCCAGAUCAACUGUUAGCUAUAUCAAAGUGAAAAGCAGUUCUUCUCUGGUACGCAAUUAAAUUAAGCAAGUGGGAUUUUUUUUUUCUUAUUGAAAUACGCAUUGCCUUUCUUCAAUUCUGGUGUCCAAUGCCAAGCAUAGUUCGAUACCCGUCUGAGGGAGAGCUCGACUUUGUGAGAACGAGUUAGGAGGACAUUCUUAUCCAGUUGUUAAAUAAACACCUUUUACAACUUCUGGACAAUACAUAUUUUUUUCAAAGAGACAAAAAGGAAUUGUCGAACAACAAAAGACACAGAUAAGCGGAGAACGCUCCCUGGAGGGGCACUUCAGUUGCAAAUCCUACUCAUUUGCGGAGAGAAGUUUUGGAGAUGGAUGUAGCAGCGGAUCAAACUCGGUGGAUGGCGCAUCACCAUGCUGUACUGAGCGGCCAGCACCCAGACUCGCACCACCCUGGCUUGACACACAACUACAUGGAUUCAACGACACAGCUUCUGCCGCCGGACGAAGUGGACGUUUUCUUUAAUCAUCUGGACUCACAGGGAAACCCCUACUACCAUAAUCCCGCUCAUGCUCGGGCCCGAGUUUCUUACAGCCAAGCGCACGCUCGCCUCACAGGGGGUCAAGUCUGCCGACCGCACCUUAUCCACAGCCCCGGCAUCCCGUGGCUGGACAGCGGCAAAGCAGCCCUAUCCGCGGCUCACCACCCCAAUGCAUGGGCAGUCAGUCACUUCAGCAAGCCUGGGCUGCACCCCGGUGGUUCUGGAGCUCCUGGUGGCCUGUCCGCUGUCUACUCCUGCAGCAGUACUUCAAGCACUGCGUCGGCGUCUUCGCUUACCCCUGCGUCCCACUCCAGCCCACAUCUCUACAGCUUCCCUCCUACCCCUCCAAAGGAUGUGUCUCCGGAUCCUGGGGCUGCGUCCCCUUCCUCAACCAGAAUGGACGAAAAAGAGUCGAUCAAGUAUCAAGUGUCGCUUGCGGAUGGCAUGAAGAUGGAAGGAUCCAGUCCGCUCCGAAGCAGCCUGGCGUCAAUGGGUGGCCAGGCCCCAUCAACACAUCACCCCAUCCCGACCUACCCGGCUUAUUCGCUCCCUACAGCGCACGACUACGGUGGCAGCCUGUUCCAUCCUGGUAGCCUUCUCGGAGGAUCAUCGUCCAGCUUCACUCCAAAGUGCAAAAGCAAAACCCGCUCCUGCUCAGCAUGCUGCUCAGAGGGACGAGAAUGUGUCAACUGCGGUGCCACCUCCACCCCCCUGUGGCGGCGGGAUGGUACCGGACACUACCUCUGCAAUGCCUGCGGCCUCUACCACAAGAUGAACGGCCAAAACAGACCCCUCAUCAAGCCCAAACGCAGACUGUCUGCUGCGAGACGAGCGGGCACCUGCUGCGCUAACUGCCAGACAACUACGACCACUCUCUGGCGGCGCAAUGCGAAUGGCGACCCAGUGUGCAACGCCUGUGGGCUUUACUACAAACUGCACAACGUAAACCGUCCUCUGACCAUGAAGAAAGAGGGCAUCCAGACGCGUAACCGCAAGAUGUCCAACAAGUCCAAGAAGAGCAAGAAAGGCGGCGAUGGCUUUGAAGAGCUCUCCAAGUGCAUGCAUGACAAGGCCUCCCCCUUCAGCGCGGCCGCGCUGGCCGGACACAUGUCACACAUGGGUCACCUGCCGCCUUUCGGCCACUCCGGACACAUGCUGCCCACCCCCACCCCCAUCCACCCUUCAUUCGGCCACCCCCACCACUCCAGCAUGGUCACUGCCAUGGGCUGAGCCCCCCCCAGGGGCCCGUGGUCUCCCCUUCAGUCACAGUGUGAGUGAGCACGUGUGAUAGAGCGAGUGUGAUAGAGCGAGUGUGAUAGAGCGAGUGUGAUAGAGCGAGUGCAUGUGCCCGAGAAGUGAAGCAGCAAGCUUUGUUUUCCUGUGUUUUUUAGGGUUUUUUUUAUCAGGGGGGAAAGUGGCAUGAUUGGGAUAUUUUAAGAAGGUACAGAAUCUGGGAGGGAGAUAGGGAAAUUCCGGAGACUCACCAAAUUUGUUUUUGUGUUUCUCCCUGUACUAUAAGGACGAGAGGGGGAGGCACUGAAAGGGCCACCUGGAGAAUUCAUUGGGGGAAAAUUGUUAGAUGAUAUUAUUAUUUUUUUUGUCACUUGGUACCUCCUCAGAUGAGCGGCCCUCUAAAGAUCAGUGGGGGUUACUGUUAACCCACCAGACUCCUGUCAUGUGAUGUCAUCCAUCCAUUGAAGCACUGCCCCCCCACCCCCCUCUCUGAGCCCUGCUCUGUCACUGCCCCCCCCC